ACGAGUGCGUAGCGAAGCCGCUAGUAAAUUGAAUGAGUCCUGUAUCAGAUUAACCAUACAUUCUAUUAUGUACUGCAUGCAUCGGAGAUACGAGUUAUUUUCGAAAAUUGCCAGGUUUAAUUUGGGCAUGCGCAAUGGCGGGGCUUCCAAACUGAAUGUUGAAGGUCACCUUGAGUUUCGAGACGCGAGCCGGCCGCCACGGACGGGGCUCCCAGACCGCCGCCAACACGCACGCUACGUGACUCUUUCCACGAGCCACAACAAAUCUGCCGACCGGUAAGAUGGCCACGAUCGACAAGCUGUUCACGACGGUGCAGCCGAAGAGCGAGGACACCGGCAACAAGGUGACGGUGGUGGGCGUGGGCCAGGUGGGCAUGGCGGCCGUCUUCUCCAUGCUCACGCAGGGCGUGACCAACAAUGUGGCGCUCGUAGACGUUAUGGAAGACAAGCUGAAGGGGGAGAUGAUGGACUUGCAGCACGGCUCCGCCUUCAUGAGGAACGCCAAGAUACAAGCCAGCAAGGAUUAUUCGAUAUCGGCGGGCUCGAAGAUCUGCAUCGUGACGGCAGGCGUGCGGCAGCGCGAGGGCGAGACGCGCCUCGACCUGGUGCAGCGCAACACCGACGUACUCAAGCACAUCAUCCCUCCGCUAGUGAAGUACAGCCCGGACGCGAUCUUCCUGAUCGCCAGUAACCCGGUGGACAUCCUGACGUACGUGACUUGGAAGCUGAGCGGGCUGCCCAAGCACCGCGUCAUCGGCUCCGGCACCAACCUGGACUCGGCGCGCUUCCGCUACCUGCUCUCCGAGAAACUUGGCGUCGCCACCACCUCCUGCCACGGGUACAUCAUCGGCGAACACGGGGAUUCCAGCGUUCCGGUAUGGUCCGGCGUGAACAUCGCCGGCGUCCGGCUCAGCGACCUGAACCCGAAGAUCGGUACCGACGCCGACCCCGAGCACUGGAAGGACACGCACGGCGCGGUGGUGAAGAGCGCCUACGAGGUCAUCAAGCUGAAGGGCUACACGUCGUGGGCCAUCGGCCUGUCGCUCUCGCAGCUGGCUCGCGCUAUCCUCAACAAUGCCAUGAGCAUCCACGCCGUAUCUACUUACAUCAAGGGCGAGCACGGUGUGGAGGAGGAGGUGUUCCUGUCGCUGCCGUGCGUGCUGGGCAGCGGCGGCGUGUGCGACGUGGUCCGCCAGCCGCUCACCGACGAGGAGGCGGCCGAGCUGCGCAACUCCGCCGCGCUCAUGGCCAAGGUCCAGGCCGGCAUCAACUUCUAGACUUACUGCCAACUAUCUUCAGUGCGGACUAACGCACUUUAUAAACUAGACUUGAACAAUGUCCUACCUACUACUUUUUUACGUAUCCAUACUUGUCUUACUAAUGCAUUAUAAGUGUAUGUAUUCUAUGCCUAGUUCGAAUUAAUUGCACUGCUGGCUGAGACGGUUAGGUUCUAGAUAGAUUAGAAGGCGCUAAGACACCUAAUUAUGUACUAAACGUAUUGCCAAACUGCUGCAAGCGAAAUAAAUGUCUAGUUAGGUAGAAUAUAGUAAAAAUUUACAUUCGACAGCAUUACAUUAGGUAUUCUACAGAUAUAUUUUUGGACUACUCUUAUAAGUGGACAGGGAAUCUAAAAAUGGAAACCAAAGAUAUUCUCAAACGUAUGGGGUUUUGUAAUACAUACCUAUUGGAGGUAUUUUGUUUAUUUUGGUACAGUCAGAACUUAACACCAGGCACAGGUAUUAGUUGAGGCAUGGAGGACGCAUCCUUUAGCGCCUAUUGGGAGACAAAGUCCCAUCUGGGAAAUGGGGACAACUGGGAAGGUAACAUUCCCAGCCAGUUGUUAUCACGGGGAUAACUAACUGUAGUAAUGUGUAACUGAGAGCUAAAGGGCGAUGAAAAUGAUAACACAAAAUUUCUAUACAUAUACCUAUUUUACCAUGCGUAGGUAUUUAUUUAAUUUUUUUUUUAAUUUUAAAAAAUUUAAAAAUUUUACCAUGCGUAGGUAUUUAUUUAAUCGAAAGUGAUCUUAUUGUGCUUUAUUUUUAAUAAGCAUAUUUUAAAUUAAUUAUUUUUAUUUAGUGGUACAGGUACAUUUUAAUUUGAUCAGUAUUAUAAAGUGGUGGCAUAAUAAAUUAUCUUAGCAGGUUAUGUUAUUCAACCUGUAGAUUACUAAGAUUGCUACUACCGGAAAAUCGAGCUUCUAUUGUCGCGUCAUUGUUUGUCAAAAUUGUAAGUAGGAACAUAUUUUACUUUUUGAUCGCCACAGUCAGCCAAUGGUAGACAAAGGUUACAGUAAGUAUAUGUACUUACAAUGAACCGUAAUACACUUAUAAUAAUGUUUACUAGUGUCUUAAAGAAAAUGUCGUGGCGAUCAAACGAUUAAAUUUUUUUUUUUCAUAUACUUACAUGCUUUUCAUGGGGUUUUCAUGGGCAGGGUUUGUUAAGUAUCAACCGAUUUAUAAACUAGUAAUGGCUCUCUAAAUUCCUAAAUGUAUAUUAAAUAUGUUGUAAGAUCAGAUGUAUGAACAAAGUGAAGAUAUUUUUUUGUAUAUUACCUAUAUUAUAAUAAGAUUAAUAAAUAGUCAAUUGUUACCGAUAAAACCUAUAAUAACCAGAUCGUUAACACACAAUCCGUAAGUACCUAUACAGAAAUCGCUAUGAAAUUGUUACAAUACCUAAUCCUUUGGAUUAUAAAAAUAUACCUACGCAAGUAGGUACUUACUUAUAUAUUUUUUACAGGCUUUUAUUUCACAAUUUAAAUACGUGAAUUAGAUCGUCUGUUUUUUUAUCAUAGAUACUAACCAUGUAUUUACAGUAAAUAUUUUUUGCCACAAGUUGAUGUCCAGUUUAAUUAAAACUAGCUACUAAUGCUAUGCUAAUAACUGAUACUAUAAUCAUGAUCUAUUAUUUUAUCAGUAUUUUUGUACAUUUUUCAAAGAGUUACUAGAAAGUUUGGUAAAACCUAGUCAAGAUGACAAGUGUGAAAAAAGUGUAUUGAUUGCAGUAUUUAUGGAUGGUGUUUAGCAAAAAUGAGUCAUCCCACAUCCAUUUUGCAAUAAAAUGUCAAAUUUAAGCGUCAAUAUUUUGAGUUGACAUCUUAUUGAAAAAUUUAUGUGGGUUGACACAUUAUUGCGUAUCAGCAUCCUUAUAUCAUUAAGUUUGUAUUAUAAUUUUAAGUUCCGAAUCUGUCCAAGGCAUUUAAUAAAUGUAAAUCUUAAAUAA